GUGAAAGGUUUGAUAUCUGAAAGCGAUCCAGUCUUCUGUUCGGAAUGUGCCAACCAUCAGGAGGAGCAUCUGUUGUCCCGGAAAAGAGAGUCUAUAAGACCUGCUCAAUGUAUAGAGAUAGGGAGUGGCCCCUUGAUUGGGUGCGGGGCCUACACGAGGCGGGAUGUGGGGCCGCUGUGUUUCUGAAGACCGCCACGGGCGACGACUGGUUCUGUGUUGGAGGGAUUAUUAAAUCCGAGGAUGAGAGGGCGGACGGGCAUGGACGGAAGUUCAGAAGGUUUUUCCUCACAACGGUGUACGACGAACAGGGAGUGGACCAUGCGAAGGUCGACCAUAAAGUCAGCCUUGAUUACAAUUUGUUCAAGGGGUAUGGAGGUAAGGCGAUUACCAUAAAAGCCUUCGAUGUCUCCCCGAAAGAAGACAGGAGUGUGUUGACGAUGCUUGGCCCCGUGAAAUUCCUCGCCAAAACGAACGGGUACAGGAGAUCCGGAAACAGUCCCACGGUACAGGCCGAGCAUCGUAUGUCUUCGACACUCGUGCCUUUUGACACGCCGGACAAGGAUCUCCCCGGCAUAGCAAAGAAAGAGAGACAGAGGACGCCACAUUGUUUCCCAACGCAGCAGACAUCAGCGGGUGGAAGCUGGCGCCUCAACAAACAGACCCAGCCGCGUCAUCAGCCUGACGAAGGGGCUCGUGGUCCUCCAGUGGAAAUGACCCACCAGAUGGAAUGUGCAGGACCAUCUCAGCCGUCCACCCAGCAAGACGAAGGCACCCCUGUCAUUACAUACCGAAGAAAGGCCUUGACAACUGGUCCGUCUGCUGCCCGCCAGAAAGACUAUGGUGGUGCGUCCGGGAGGGCGGCCCUGCGGGAGAUAAGCGAAGGAUCGGACAAGGAAACGGAGGAUGAUCCUGGGAUUCGUGUUGAUCGGCAUCCACAGGGUAAUCAUGCCGUUGACGAUGAGGAAUGUGGGGUCGAAGAGGACGAUGUCGAAGAGGAGAAAAACGAGAGAGAGAGAGAGGGAGAGGAUCGUGAGGAAUCUAUGCACGACUGCGAGGACGGGGAGUCUCGACAGUACGACGAGGGGGACUAUGGGGGCGAUGGAAAAAACGAUGAUGCCUAUCCUGGCGAUGAUGAGGAUGGAGGGCAAGAAGGGUCCGCUGAUGUGGAGGUCGAUGAGGGAACAGGAGAUCGGUCGGAGGGCAUUGUGCACAAAAGGAAGCGGCGAUCUUCAAUAAGUCCAACGGCGACGACGGAUAAACGCGCUGCAAAGAGACUCACUGUCGCUGCAUCUCGAGAGGCACUCAGAGGUUUUGAAGAGGCGGUCGUUGAAAACGUGAAGAACCGAAAAGGGAAGGCGCCAACCAGGACGACAAAAGCGGAGAAACGUCCACUGAAAAGAAAACAGAUGGUCGGUGAGGGUGAUUCCGGAGAGGACGCCGAAGGGGUUGCUCCAAGGGCUCCGUCGGAACAUACACAACCUUCCGCCGACACCUGUUAUGACGCCAUCAACACAACACGGUGCUUCUUCUUGGAGCUCGAUGAGGAUGGGUUUGCGAAGAAGAAUCGGGAACACAUUCAAGUGGAUGUAACAAAGAUCUUGCCAAUUCUUGAAGGUGACAUCCUCUUCAACCAUAGAACAUUUAACGAAACACAGAUCACACCGAAUGAAUUCGACGUCGCACUGGCUCAUACAUACCACUGGUAUGCUGUUGCCGGCCAGCACACGGCUGAGGCAAAGAACAGACUCAUUAAGGACAAGUCACCGGCCGAGAAAGUGUACGACUUGAGGUUCUACUCUGACGUACGCGUUGUCUACUUUGACGACGACACAAAGAGAGGAUAUCCGUACGUCUCGUCAUUCGACAACACGAGGGAGGAGCGUUCCAUCCCGAGAUCGUUUUCGUCGUCUGUGCAGCAAAUCAGAAGAUUUAGGGAUAAGAGGAAUGACCAGAUCCGUCCUCCAGGCACCGUGUCCCCAAAUGACGUCGAGGGAAUGAAAUGGAAAAAGAAGUGGGAAGCGUUCAUGAACACCGCCUGCAAAAUGACACCUGAUUCCGGUCUCAUGAACUCGUCCCUGGAGAACGACUACUGCAAGGACUGGACGAACAAGAUGCGCGGAUACAUGAAUCUUGCGCAGUGCGGCGAGACGGUAUGGCCACUGGUAGACAAAUUCUUUGACAUGUAUGAGAAAAAACUAUUGCCAAGAAUCGACGAUGUGAGAUAUGUCAAUCUGCCGGGGAAAGUGGAAGGGAGGCUGCCUGGGCAAUACUUCCUCAAGGACAACUCCGGCAAAAAAGUCUUGUACCACUGCAUCAAGGCCAGAAAGGGGCCGCAUGGCGCAACGGUGUCUAUACCGGACUUGACGCCCUCAAUGUUUAAGUUGUUUGGCGAUAUGACAGCGAGAGAGAAGCAAGUGGUGCUGCACCACAUGAUGCAUGGUGAUGUCAUCGUGACAUCACGUACAGUACCUCGUGGUAGAUGCAACAUGGCGGACCUGGUAAAAUAUACUCGUCGUGAGAGAUAUAUGGUCUGUAUGUUCAACUACAUAUUGUUCAAGGUCGAGGGGAGGUCAAAGCAAGAGUGGAACGCUUACUUCUUCAUCGUUUAUACGACCAUCUUGGAAAGGUACAGCAAAAACGGCCUCACUGACAAGAAAUGGACCGAGGAACGAGACCGCAUCCUUGACGAUAAGGUGAGGAAGGUGCCGAGGCGUUUGGCCGGUCCUGAUGAGAUUGAUGGCGGGAACGGUGCGGGGUUGGAGGCAACCCGAACCAUGUACAAGGAAACCCCGUUCCACCUCAAUUGUUUCAUCUACGAGGCGAUCGAUUGCUUGGACGACUUGAGAGCGGAGGUUAAUCGGAUAUCCUCCAAUGCUCGUCACAUCUUUUGGGAAGUGGGGAAAAGGAUUACCACAAUCCUGCCAUUUGAAAUCGAACCGAAGGGAGUGCUCACCGACAACGAGGAGGUUGUUGGUACAGCGAGUGGGAUGAAGAUACGACCAAUCAUUCUCGAUAUGUCAACAUCACAAAAAUGUGUUUUGUGGGAUGAUGACGCAUUUUCCGAACUGCACGCUUUCCUCAUGACAUGCUGUGGCGAAAACUGGGCCUUGAUCAUUUUCGCGCCGAUGAAGCACCACAAACAGGUGAUGCAGAGUGUGUACAAGUGGGACGAUGUUGAGGUGCUCACUGGGUCAUGGUACAGACACUACACACCUUCGACAACCGUGAACAAGUAUGGCAACAUUGCAGUUCGGUACAUUGAUAUGAUGGCUAUUGUCCUCCACGCCGAGAACGGCAAUUUCAACAAUAUAACGGUUGCGCCGAAAUUGCGAGCCGAAUUGACAAAUUUUAACAUUGAAGAGGGUGAGUUUGUGAAGUGCUCAAAGGACUCAUUCAUCAGGGAGGAUGACGACGUGAUGCUGCUGGGCAGGGCGCAUGCUGGACUGAUUUGGGAACUGGCUCGCGCCGGACACCACGUGUUUACGUGUGGCGACACGACAAAAAAACUCACAUACCUUUCCAAGUUUUUGGACUUCUAUGUGAAGGAUCCGAGGAACAGAUGCAGGUUCGAAAAGCCCCAAGUCGAGCACCGCAAGGAGCGGGAUAUAUACUAUAAGCUCCGUAGAAAGAGGGAGAAAGUGUGGGCUUACUUGUUCGGUGACGCUCCACAGUCGGCGGUUGAUAACGACUACGUCAUCAGGAAAAGCGAACUCGAGAUAGCAAUGAACGAGUACCACGGCUCGCACAUGGGUGCUUUCCACAUGUUCGUCGCACGUUGUGAGCAUCUGUAUUUCAAUAUAAAGAAAAGAGCACUGUCAGGUCGGGACUAUGCAGACUUGGCACGCAAAGCCGACAACUUCAACAACAUCGAUUACGACGAAGACACGUCAGACUCCGACCUCGACGUCCCGUCGCGCGCGGCACGAGGUGCGGCGGAGAGAGCGAGUGGCGAGGAGCCGCAAGGGAGCACCAACGGACCUGCGGAGAAGGCGAGUUCGAGUAUGAGAGCAACACGUGCGAGUGAGGGAAAUGUGGAAACAAGAAUGACUGGAAGGGGAGAAAGGAAUGGUGUACCAACAAACGCGGUGGGUGCGAGUGAGGGGAUAGUUAACUCACAGGGCAACACAGGGGGAGGAGAGAAUGGGUGUGCAAUGGCCCCGCCGACAGCUGGGCCAUCAUCGACAUAUGCACCGCAGGCCGAGCAACGAACACUCACGUCCAUGGACACCGAUGAAGACAAAGAGUUGGAUAUGACAGCACUGACCCCGAAGCUCGUGCCAGGAAGACCGUUGCCUCAAGGCUUUGCCCCAGAUCCUUCAGUGCCAUACUUGCUGCAGGACAAGUACAAAGAGUCAUUGGAGGAGGAUUGGGAUCAUCAUAUUAUCUGGCAUGAGGGUGUGUUCGAAUCGUGUGUGUUUGCAGGCAAGUGGCAAAUGGCUGUGAAGACAAGUGACCGAGGGUGGGUCGCGAAGGAAAAAAAAGACGCUGCGAUAUGGCACAGCGUGACGGAAACGCAAAUUUAUUGGCGAGUUUUGAAAGAAAACAUCAGUGCAAGCGAGGAAGCUAUAGCGGCAAAGGCGAAAGCUUUGUUCGAGCAUCUGCGUGCGAACAAAAAGCUAGAAUUCAGCACAAAGUUCUACGACCUUGCAUCAAGUGUAUCAUACGGCUCCAUCAAUUGCAAAAUCGAAUUGGCUUCAGCAGUACAAGGAAUCGAUAGCAUCAACUCUCUGAAGACUCAGGACGUUAUCGCAUCUAACACCAUCAUUGCGAUUGCCAGAGGGGAUCCAGCCUGCGAAACGGACACACGUGCGAACGCAGGUCACGUGCAGGAUGAACAGCAGCGAGCAUGUGCUUAACAAAGCACUCCGAGAAGCGCAAUGAGGGAUUCCACAAUGAUACGCAAGGACGGCGACGACAUGGAGUCGGACGCAUUGACAGAGCAGCCAACAGGGGGGGUCAACGAUGGGACAACAAACGUUGGAUCUUUCG